CUUUAUCUUCUUGACGUUUUACUGUACAUUAAGUCGCUUUGCUGAAACGGCAUGUUUUGUAACUCUGAUUCAAAAUUCAACUUUUUUACUUUUUGGACGGGACUACUUUUGACAACGACACACCAUAAGGUGUGCUCUGCUCAAGAGUUCAUAUCAGGACAAAUGUCAGCCAAUUAUCAAUGGUGUCACUGAGCAAACGUCGUCACCAAAAAUGGCACUCCGUGUUGCUGUAAUCGGCGCGGGCCCGGCCGGCCUGUGCGCGGCGCGCUACCUGUCGGCCGAACCUGACCGCUACGUGCCGACCGUGUACGAGCAGACAGCGGCGGUGGGCGGGACCUUUGUGUACACGGAACGGACGGGGACGGACGAGCACGGGCUUCCCCUGCGAUCCAACAUGUACAAAAACCUGAGGACAAAUGUUCCCAAGGAGGCGAUGACCUUCCCAGACUUUCCACACGACAGCAGCCUGCCAUCGUUCCUACCACACAGGGAGGUACUUCGGUACCUGGAGAACUAUGCAGAGAACUUCGGACUUCACAAUCAUAUUAAGAUAUUUGAUGGGAAAAUUGAGAAAAUAUUGUGA